AUUAAACCCAAUUCACAUUCAUCCAUCUUUUUUGGUUUUUAGCAUCACAAUUCCUAUAAUUGCCUACCGAAAUACAAUCGCUUUAAAAUACAUGUAACUUAAACUUGCAAAUAUGAAAUACAAACGCCGGGAUGGAAUUAAUAAACCUAUCGAAUAUUUAUUGAUAAAUCCAUCCAAUUUACCGAAUAAAACUACCUAUUUCGUUAUGGCGUGUUACUCACUUGCAAGUCCAAAAAAUAAGAAAGGAAAGGAAAUUCUCAUAACGUGCUGUUCAUUUGUUCAAUUCUGUUGGGCGAGGGAAGAAAAGAAAAACAUGCUGCGACGCAGGUUUAUUGAGGCAAUGCGUCGAGCACCUUCUGCCCACCUCCGUUUCAGAUUCCUUUGCACCCAAUCACCGCGAGAGUUCUCCGAAAGCGAUUCCGAGAGCCCUCAGAACUCAGAGAGCUUGUCUAGAAGGAUCGAGAAGCUUCGGAAAGGGGAGGCUGUUGGGUCUGCCUUCCGCACUUGGAUGGGCGAUGGAUUCCCCGUUCACAGAGGCCAUGUCUUCCACGCCAUCAACCGUCUUCGCAAGCUCAACAUGAACAAACGCGCACUUGAGGUGAUGGAAUGGGUGAUCCGAGAGAGGCCCUAUAGGCCUAGGGAACUUGAUUACUCUUAUCUUGUCGAAUUCACAAUUAAGCUUCAUGGGAUUGAACAUGGUGAGAAGCUCUUCCCUCGAAUUCCACCUGAGUUUCAGAAUGAGUUGCUAUACAACAAUCUGGUCAUUGCAAUGCUGGAUAAAGGUGUCAUAAGGCUUUCACUUGACUACAUGAAGAAAAUGAGGGAGCUGGCUUAUCCCAUCUCACAUUUGGUCUUCAACCGCCUCAUAAUCCUGCAUUCCUCUCCCUCCAGGAAGAAGUUGAUUCCGAAAUUGCUCACGCAGAUGAAGGCAGAUAAGGUCACCCCCCACGUGUCCACCUACAAUAUUCUGAUGAAAAUAGAAGCCAAUGAACAUGAUCUUGAAGCCUUGGUAAAGGUCUUUGCUCAGAUGAAGAAGGCACAGGUUGAACCCAACGAGAUCUCUUACUGCAUUUUAGCUAUUGCUCAUGCAGUGGCAAGGCUGUAUACUGCAACUGAAGCAUAUGUUCAAGCUGUGGAAAAGUCUAUUACAGGGAACAAUUGGUCAACAUUCGAUGUUCUACUUGUAUUGUAUGGAUAUUUGGGGAGCCCAAAGGAGCUAGAAAGAGUUUGGGGAAUCAUUCAGGAACUCCCCUUGGUUAGAUCGAAAAGUUACAUGUUAGCUAUUGAAGCAUUUGGUAGAAUCGGACAUCUGAACCGUGCUGAAGAACUUUGGUUAGAAAUGGAAACUAGAAAAGGGUUGAAAUCCGUAGAGCAAUUCAAUUCGAUGAUGUCUGUAUAUUGCAAGCAUGGAUUGGUUGAUAAAGCAACUAGGUUGUAUAGAAACAUGAAGGCAAAUGGGUGCAAACCAAAUGCAAUAACUUAUCGUCAACUUGCUCUGGGUUGCUUGAAAUCUGGUUUGAUAGAGCAAGGUUUAAAGACAUUAGACUUGGGCAUGGGGAUGAAAAUUAGUAAGAGGGUUAGAAAUUCAACCCCAUGGUUGGAGACCACCCUUUCAAUUGUUGAGAUUUUUGCAGAGAAAGGUGAUGUUGAAAAUGCUGAGAGAUUGUUUGAAGAAUUUCACAAGGCUAAGUAUUGUAGGUAUACUUUUGUAUAUAAUACCCUUAUUAAGGCUUAUGUAAAAGCCAAGAUUUAUGAUCCAAAUUUUUUAAGAAGGAUGAUCCUCGGAGGAGCUAGGCCAGAUGCUGAAACUUAUAGUCUCUUGAAAGUUGCUGAGCAGUUUAGGACCUGAUUUUGAUUAUUAAUUCUUGAAAAAGUAGUGUAUCUUUUUGUUGUAAUUGUUUAUAAGUUACAAGUAUAUUGUAUUGAGUACGGCACAAAAGUUAAUAAGAUGGAAGAGAUAUUAU